GUUUUGGCGGGCUCAAUUGGGAUUGUCAAGAAAGUCCACAACGCCACAAUGCUCGACACGCAAACGGUCCACGACUUCUCCAUGCAUGGAGCUUACAUAGUAGCACAGCACGGCUUCUUUGGCGGAGCAUUAAACAGAGAGAUUCAGUCGUUGUAGCGAGCUAGUCCCCGAAAAACGAUCUCCGUCCGAGUUAGAGAUCCGUUUAGAGUCUACCCCCUAUUUGGUUUCGGUUUGCAGAAUGCGUCCAAUUUCUACCAAUUAUUUGCGUUCUUUACCCAGCUUCCCGUCUCGCAUCAAGCGUCGACGACACCGACACCGCCGCCGCCGAAGCAGCUCCGCAUCUGACGCGAACUCCCCAGCGCUACUCACAUCGUCCGAUUCGGAGUCAUCGUCCAGCGAGUCCUUUCCUCGGCGCUUGCUGGCCACCCCCUCACUCUCUCUGCUGGCUCCACGGCGCCUGCGACAUCGCCGCCCACGCAGCCUCAGUCCAACCUCCGUAAGUUCUGUCCGUUCCUUCGGCUCCAGCUCCACCAUGGCGACGACAAUGGUCCCUUCGCCGCCUUACAUGCUGGGUGAGCGCCCCACUCCAGCUCACGGCGGCUCAGGCGCGCCCUCUUUCCGACAGGUGCCGUUUGUACGCGCCAGUGAGCGCGUGGAGAGCGGUGUCAAAGUCCGCAAGCAGCUUCGCAAAUAUCUCAGGGCGGCGUCGGCCACGGAGCACAUGGUGGCACAGACCCACUUGAGCGAUGCUUGUCUGCCGGCGUUACAGCCGCAGGAGGUGGCCCAGUCCUGCUUCCAGGACUUUUUCACGCAGAUGCGAACGUACAAUCAGGUGCUCGGCAACAAACACUUGGCAGCUAGCAAGGCCUACAUGGAUAUGACCAAGCCACUCGAGAAUUCUGGCAAGUCGAAGCGAUGGGCACGAGAUGUUUACAACUUGGUUCAGCGCUGUGUGGCCGACGUGCAGAUGGCUGAGAAGAAGAUGGACAAAGCACGACAGCGCGUCACGCGAGCGGCGGAUGAACUCGCCCACUGGAAGACUGUGCUAGCUGCUAAUGAAGCUACGUACCAAGUGCAGCCAAACAACCCAGAAGUGAAGCGUGCCUUCCAGACGGCACAGUACCGUUUCUCGAAUGCUUUUAGUGAGGAUGAAACAGCCGGCGCUGAAUACGACGAUGCGGGGACAAUGUUGAUAAGCGCGAUUGCAAGACGAGAUGAAGUCGUGGAAGAAGCUUCGGAACUCUCGCAGAGUGUGGAGGAAGAUCGACUAGACACGCUAUUGAUUGUUAUCGGGCAGUUCGUGGAGACCAAAGUGGCGAUUUUACAGGCAGAAAUUGAAGCGAUGGCGGAUUUGCAGCGAACGCUCAAGGCUAUGGACCGUGACUCGGUUGUACAGCAGUAUAUCGUGGAUAGUAUGGCGCCAGAACUUACUCAUCGACAUGCAAAGGCAUUAGGAUUGAUGGAAUGGCAUCGCGUAUCAUGGCGCUACGAACAGCAAUCGCGGCAUUCAGCCGAACCGGAUAGUUACUUGUCAAUUUCAGGUUCACCAGAGGAUAUUGCCAAGCUCAAGGCUUCCGGUGUGUCCGAGAAGGACGUCGAGAUCAUCAAGGAUUUUGUAUCGAGUUGCUUCGUAGAGCCUGAAGCUGCUCUUCUCCCUUCUGCCUCACUAACCUCUUCAGGAGCAUCAUCAAAACACCGCGGCAAGUUCACAGAUGCGUCGGCUUCAGCUACACAGUCAAUGUAUCGCUUAGGCGUUGUUCGACGCAUCAUACUGGAUUGCCUUACGCAUCAACGAACUCACGAUCGCGAACUGACACGUGAAGGAUAUUCAAGACUUGCGGCUGCGCUACGUUUGCUGUUAGAUGCAUGCCUUGCUCAGCAUGACACACGCUCUACGAAGCACCUCAUGAACAUGUUGCAGACAUUUUAUCGUAAAACCAGCAAGGACGGGCAGGAGUAUCUUCAUGCUGCGCUGAAAGAUCAUGCAGCGUGGCGUGUAGCAGCUUUUUGGGGAGACGCGUUACUAGAAAGUGUGGCGGAAGAACUGAGCAAGACAUCGACGGACACUCCAUGGUAUUUCCUGCCUGAUCCUGAACGAGCGCAAAAAGUUCUGGAGGUGCACAAUAUCGUCUACGGGCAAGCGUCGGCCUACUUGUAUCAUCUCUCUAGCUUUGGCUUUACGCGGCGACAGCUUCUUCAAUACGCGCGCAAUGUGUGUUUUGCAUACGAACUGGGCGAGGAGCAGCGUAUCAGCUUACUUUCAUCCGUUCAAGGCAUGGCGUUGGAGCGGUUGCAGGAGGACGAAUAUGAAGAGAAGCGAGAAGAACCCAUGGGGAUGGAAGAGGAUGACUGGCAGCGUCCUUCUGGACGUGAUAGUGAACUAUCUGGUCGCAGCAGCAGUAGAGUUCCUGCAGCACGAACCGCCGAUGUGCAAUUCACGUCGUUCACGCUACCAGACUGGUCGUCGUUCUCAAGUGGUCGUGGUAUGAGUAGCACUAGUACUGAUGGCAUUGUAUCGAAGUUUGGUCGUGGGCGUGGAGAGUCCAGUGCGUCUAAUGCAACUACUGUGAUAGAAGGCUCCUCAAUCACGGCAUCAUACGCUGGCAGUGUACGCGAUGUGGAGGAAAUGAAGAUCAUUGCGUCCACCGUUGUAGGUGAAGACGGUGACGAAUCGUGGGAGAAUCUGUUUGGUACUUCGGUCGCAUCAGGAUCCUCAACAGGGGACGAGCCAACGCCUUCCAUAUUAGGCAUUGAUGAUGAUUCAUCCGAGUCUAGCGACAGCAAACACAAGGAUAAACUGAUGAAGCGCCGUAGAAACUCGCGCAAAUUUAACGAUCAAUUACGACUGGCGCGCAGUAUUCCGCUCAGUCUCCGGAUUAACGAGGAGGAAGUGAGCGAAGAAGAAACUACUGCGACACCAGUAGUAUCAGCAAAGUCCGAGUCCAAACAACCACCACUACCCCCUGGGCCUCCUCCUACGUCGUCCGUGUCAGUUUUACUGCGACAUCGGUCUACUGAUAACGUCUUCGUAGCUGCUCGUGAGGAGGCCGAUGACCUGCCGCCAAUGCGCCGGAGUGCAUACCACACAGCUAGACAUGAUCACGGCAUCGCUAUGGACGACAACGGAAGCGUGAAGUCGGAGCGGAGGAGACACAGAAAACUACACAAAGCACGAUCAGUUGCCAGCAUCGACACUUCCAUGCUUAGAGCGGAGACCGAGCCGGUGUUCAAUUGCAGUCGCUCUGUCGCCAAUCCUGCCACUGGGAUGGACCAGAUCAAGACUAUUGCUGCUCGGAUGAAACAGAGACGCAAGGAAAUCUCCAAUGGGAAGAUCGACUUCGUAACACUGACGCGUACUCAGAGUGAUGCCACGGGGUCGGCAUCACCUUCUCCGGAUGCACCAAAGGAGCCACCCACACCAGAAAAGAAGAAGGAGACCACGACACUGUCUGGUGUAGCAGCUCUCCGCGCUCGAUUCGAGAACAAAUGAAGUGUCUAAUACAAAAUCUGAUGAGCAUCUCAAAUACCCGUAAGACAGACUGAGAGCCCUAAUGGGGAGCAAGUGAAGAGCAAUUAGUGAGUGCCAUCUACAAGAAUCUCCAGAGGUUUCUCUCUCUAAAAACGACCUCCAGCUUUGGGAGCUUUGCCCUGGUACUUGUCUGGCAUCUCAAAGUUCGCCUUGGUGUCACUGGAGUGCACGAAGAGGCGGCCGCACACAGGCAUGAUGUCCCACUCGAGACUGAGAGUCACGUUGGCGCCACGCAGCUCGUCGUACUGAUCAGCCAGGAAAUACUUGACGCCCUCGUCCUGGAACUGCAACUGGCCUGCGGCCUCCUUUGUCUGCACGAUCUUGUCCCAGAUCACCACCUGAUUGCGGGAGUUGCUGGCGCUCUCGAAGUCGGCCAUCACGUACACGAAGAGCUGCUUCACGUUCCAGUUGAACACGGAGCUCAGGUCUGUCGUAAGAUAGGUGGAUGUUAGCAUACAGAUAAAGAGAAGUUGCUACUAUAGUCAACGAACGCACCGGCGUCCAGGUCGAACGAGAGUGUAGCGCGGUCAGCCUUAUCACGGUAGUUGCGCAGCGAGUGCAGCUUGGUCAUCUCCAGACGCCUCACGACAGGCUCUGGCUCAUGCAGGAACGUGCUGAUGGCUGUGAGGGUACACAUGAUGGCAAGAGCCAUCAACGACGUGAAAAACACGGAGUUCGCACGCGUCCAGACCGAGUACAUGUUGCCACGCGGAGGAUGUUCGCCUAAUGCUCUAAUGCGUACUAAUGUUGCUGUGUGAUUGGGUGAAAUUAGUCACGACAAUUACAGGACCCAAUUACAGGACAUUUACAGUUUACGGUAGGCACAUGCAUUGUUACAGACAUCCACACCCUGCUACAUUCUCUAAUAAAGCUGCAGCUUCUGUUUGCUUAUACUGCGGAGGCGGGGUUUGCAGUGGCGAGCAUGACGACAGGAGCUGGCUGCCGGUCGACUCCAGCGUUUACGAGCUCCGCGACCAGGAGUUGUGCGGUACGCAGGCAGCGCAGGUGCAUGAGCGUGUUAGCUGCCACUAACAGCCCGACGAAGAGCCCAACGCUGCUGGAGUAGUAGUAUGUGGACUCCAUGUACUCAUCCUCGGCGUUACUGUCACUGUCGCUGCCGCUGUCGUCUGCAUAGGUAAACAUACUCCCCGAGAAAACCAGUGUCACUACCAGCCACCACAUGUUGAGGAUCAGCAUAACGUAGUUCGCCCAAAUGUACCAGCGCAGCCACUUCAGUCGCAUCGCGUCCACAGGUGGCCGCGUGCCAUAGUAACCCAUAAAUGCUGUGAGCAGACCCAACGUGCCUAGAAUAAACGGCUGCAGGAACAAAAAGGUCGCCACGUAGUACGCCAACAAGCACCCAGCCAUCCAGCGGCACUUUUGAAGGAACGCGAAGCGCAUACUGUCCACCUCGGCGUCACCCGAGGGUCCAAUCGGGGCCAUGGCCAUGACUGUCACGUACGGGUGGCUCGGGUUUGCGCUGUUAGGCCCGCUCUGAUAGAUGCCUUGUGGGGCGUUCGGGUUCACAGGAAUGUUGCUGCCGCCGACCAGAUGCGACUGGAUCUGGCUGAUGUUGCCUAGUGGCUGCGCUACGGCGAUAGGUGGGAGCGUCGAAGCCAUUUUCAUCGCGCUGGGCGUCGGCUGCGCUGCCACAUACGGCGCGUUUGAGGUUUGAACGUCUUCCUGGGUGUUCGCAGGAGUUGAUGUCGUCGCCGUGGCUGUCGUGGCGGCCGUUGGCGCAGGAGCUGUAGCUGCAGCUGCAGAGGUCGGAGCCGGAGCAUGCUCCUGGCUCGAGUUGUUUGCGGGGUUCAUCGUGUUGUCUGGAGUGUCGAUGCCGGAGAACUGGGAAAGUUCCGCACAAUUGACCUUGGGAGUUGCACACGGCUGCGUGGGACUUGGCAAUGUAUGCGGACUGGAUAUCCAGUCCGACCUCCGAAGGGGUAUUGUCCAAUGAAAGAGUGGAUCAGAUUCAAGUUUCAUCCAAUUAUAAAAGGGUGU